AUGGUUGCGACGAAGAGAUGCGCUUGGGGAACAUGUAAAAACGAUUCUCGCUACCCACAUUUGAUGGUUAAGAAUAAGAAUGACCAUCCUGUAUAUUUCUAUCGGUUUCCAGCACCAAAAAGAUCACCAAAGAAGCGGUCGCGUUGGAUAACAGCCUGUCAUCGAGGCGAUAACUUUAUUUGUUCUAAAGACAGCUAUAUUUGCAGUUUGCAUUUUGUGGGCCAGAAUGGACCAACAGCAGAAAACCCCUAUCCCAUUUCAGCAACAGCAAGUGAACAACAGGUAAUCUUUGCUGUUAUCUUAAAAGUUUUCCAAAUCUCACUGAUGUAGUUUUAAAAAUAUGCUUAUUUUUGUUUAUACGAUAUGUACAUAGGUAAAGCGACUUGAAAGAAAACGCAAACCAAGUGCAAGAAAGAAUUUAGAACCCACAAAGAAGCGAAGGAACAUGUUCGAAAAAGAUGUAGCCCAUUCUAUGUUGAAUUUGUCCGAUCCCAUCCAUCUACAAACGUCACAUAGUACAACAUCAGAGCAUCCCAAGCCUGUGGAGGAUUCAGUCAAUGCAUUAUCUAUUGCAGAAGUUCUUGUGACACUUGCCAAUAAAGUCAACUCAAACCAUAACCCUAGAAAGCCAAAAAUUGACAGCUCUGAACAAACUUUAAAUACAGAUGUUGAUGGUUAUUUCCCUGAAACUUCACCCACCAAAGAUAAGAUUGUCAACAGUGAUGACUGUGAAUCGUCCACAAAAGAAAAUGCAACACAGGUAACUAUCUAA